AUGUUAAAACUACUACUUAUUUUCGGCGUAAUUUUGGCAGAUAAUGUUUACAGUCAGCGAGUUUCUAGUGCAGAUGAGCAGUUUCGACAACCAGGGGAGAUAAGCCAAAAAAAAUGCAGAGAAUAUUCUUCAUAUGUCCAGGAAAAGAAUGACUGUGGUCAUAAAAUAGUAAAACGCAUUGUCGGAGGUGAACGUGCUGGAAGAACAGAAUUCCCACACAUGGUACGAAUAGGUUAUUCUUCAAAACGCGCGAACACUAGGGUGUGGUUAUGUGGAGGAUCGCUCAUUAGCGAACAAUACAUUCUAACAACAGCAAGCUGUUUAUCCACAGUUAAUAAGGACGCAGAAGUUGUGGUUUUAGGAGUGACAAAUCUUAAUGACACUGACCACAAACAAGAAAUUAAAAUCGCUGAGAAAAUAAUUCACCCUAAAUUUAAAAGACGUUCAUUUUAUGACGACAUCGGCCUAAUAAAACUGGAGAGACCCAUAGAAAUUGAUUCUUACAUUCGUCCAGCUUGUCUUUAUUCAAACUCCCAAAUCAGAGUGGAAAAAGCUAUUGCGACUGGAUGGGGCAAAACAGAUGAUAAUCUUACACAUGUAUUAAGCGACGAUUUGCAUAAAGUCACACUAGACAUCAUCGAUAACGAUUUUUGUACUAAAUCACUAAUGAACAAGAACCUACCAGAUGGUAUUAGAAAUGAUACACAAGUUUGUACCGGAGGGGACACAGAGGGCAGGGAUACCUGCACGGGUGACGCUGGUGGUCCAUUGCAGAUAUACCAUUCAGAGGGAGACAUUUUGUGCGUGUAUGAUGUCAUAGGGGUGACGUCUUUUGGAAGAACAACAUGUCGUGGUGAAGCAUCAGUGUAUACACGGGUGUCGUAUUACCUUAAGUGGAUUGAAGAUAUCGUUUGGCCCGAAAGCUCUUAA